GCCAAUAAUACUGCUUUAGUACUUGUGAUUACAAUUAUUACGGGUGUCAUCUACUCGAAACCUAUCGCAUUUUUAAGCUGAUAGUAUGACAAGUUGGUGACUAUUUUAAAACGCUGAUAUACGCAUUGCGGUAGUUAACUAUUGUCAAACAAUUGAAGUAACUUCAAAGAUUUUAAAACUAGAUAAUCACAGUGAAGAAGGUUAAAGUGUUAACAUAUUUUGUUCAAAUAAGGUGCAAGUUAGGGACAUAAGACAUUCAUCACCUGACAGUGCGAGCGUGAACAUCGAGGGGAAAGUGUUUGGGUACUUAAAAGUUUAAGACUAUAGAGGAUACAAAGAAAGUGACUUACUGACUAAGUUGUUUUGAUUAAUAAACAAUGAUACACCGGAAAGUGAGAAUGAAUUCUACAAAUGUGUCCGAGGAAUCGGACAGCUACUCUGAAGUUGAAGAUCACGUUGAUGUCGAAUCAGAUGGACAGGACGUUUCUGGAACGGCGACUGAUCUUAGAAUUCAAGAACGUCUCCAUGGUGUAACGGAUAUUCAGAACAAUCACAGCAAUCCUACCAAAGACUCAAAUUGUGACAUGUUUACUAAACGUUCCGAAAAAGUUACUAAACCUGCAGUAAGACCAUCAUUUUUAAUAACAGAUAUUUUAUCAGACAAUAAACGUACAGAUUCGGAGACGGACUCGUCAGUUGGAAACACACCGUGCACGCCCUGUACGCCGUGCACACCAUUAACACCAGUAUCACAUACAAUUGACAUUCAAAAAACAGCUGCAAUAUUAGCCCAAAGACAGUCGUCUGCAUCUUCAAGACUUUUAUUGUCUCCUUCUGAAAGAUGUGAUUCUCCGGACUCAGAUGAUGAAUCAAGAGACGGAAGUCCUUCCCCUGGAUCAGAAAACGGAUCUCUCAAAUCAAGCAAGAAGUCACGAAAAGCAAGAACUGCAUUUACAGACCAUCAGUUGAAUUCUUUAGAAAAAAGUUUUGAGAGACAAAAAUACCUCAGUGUGCAAGACAGAAUGGAAUUGGCGGCAAAACUGAACCUUUCCGAUACCCAAGUUAAAACAUGGUAUCAAAACAGAAGAACAAAGUGGAAGAGGCAAACAGCAGUUGGUCUAGAGUUAUUGGCAGAAGCCGGAAGUUACUCCAACAUGCAGCGCAUGAUCACAUCAAGUCCUUACUGGGCGUCGUACCCUGGCUCCCACGGACACAACCCCGCCCUGUUAUCAGGCAUUGACUCUCUUUACUUCAGACAGGGUGUAUCACCCUUGUCUUCACAUAGACAAUUGGUGUCCAAUCUUUAUUUACAAGGAAUGGGCCGCAUUUGAUUUGAUUAACAUUCUUUCUGGUUCAAAUGUGCCAUUUUAUUAUGUAUUUGAUACUAUAGAAGACUCUACAAUGACGUUGUAUGUAUAUUUAUAUUGAAAGAAUAGAAAUAGUGCCAUAUUUUAAAAUUGAAAGAAAACGUCUUUUAAUAGUAUCAUGACAUUAUUGCAUUUUUUAUCGCCUUUUUAAAUACCAAAACAUUUCUGUUCUAAAGUGUUCAGCCUAUAUUUAAAUUUGUAUAUUUUAUUCAUCAUACCAGCAAGUAAAUUCUACGGCAUUUUGUGCAAUUCUUUAUAAAUUCGUUAUAAAUAAAAAUAACAAAUUUGUUUUUGCUAUAAUUUAAUGCAUUGUGUUCUCAGUUCUCAUCAAAACAUUUUCAUCUUUAUUCAGUUUUUGUAAUUUUAAAAGAACGAACAUUUUAAUUUCUAUAUCGCUAAGUAUGGUAACGGAUUAAUUAAAGAACAAUACAUGAUGAUAUGUUUUCGUUGAAAGAAAAACACCUUAUAUUAUUUAUGAGUUUAACCUGUUUUGGUAUAUUAUAAAGUAGUUUUGAUAUUUUGACGAAAGAGAAAUUUAUUUUCUUGACAUUAGCAUCCUUUUUUUUACUAUAACUUUAUAUUUUAAACUUGUAAAAGGCAGUAUAAAAUCAUCAGUUACAUGACUAUUACAAGAUAUUGUAAAUCAGUAGAAUUUUAUGAAGUUUUUGAAAAAUAAAAAGUUCACUAUACGAUUCACUUAGUACCUUAUGACAUACAUAGGGCUGUUUUUUUUUCUAAGUGUAUAAUGUUUUUUCCUAAGUGUAUAAUGUUUUAUGUUUUAUUAAUUUAUGUGCUUCUCAAUCAUUAAUACUUUGUUGUUGUUACUUGAACAUUAUUUUCAUCAUGGGAAAAGGAAAAUAAAUCUAUAAAACUGAA